AUGUGGGCUGGAAGUGUUGGAAGUAGCUUUGGGUAUUUCCCUAAAGAUCUUCUCUCAAUAAACCACAUAUAUACAGAAAAAGAGAUUGAAAUUCCAGCAGAGGAGACUGAUUUUGUCUGUUUUGAAACUGGAUUUGAUAAAUUUCAAAGCUAUGAUGUGGACUAUCUAUUAGGCUUUCUAAAUGAGGACAGUAAAGAUCAAAAAGACGGAGACGAGGGUCCUUUAACGUCAACAGACGACCCUUCGGAGACUUCUUCACCUGAAAUGCUGCCUGUGGAACCCACGCCAGAGCCUGAACCAGUCUACAGUGACGAUGUAAUGAGGCUGUCUAUUUUAAGAGAACACUUUUCAGAAGAGAAAAUGGCUCGUUGUCAGAAGUAUUUAGGCCUCACAAAUCUGUUCAAACUGGAAGCAAUGUUCGAGGACUUGGAGACAGAGCUACAGGCAACGCGCCAGUCGCACAGAGGCAGUGUACAGGAUAUAGAAAACGCAUUAGAAAGGAUAUUGGAAGCCAGUGAGAAUGCCAUCCUGGAUGAAGUGGAGAAGAUUUUGGACAGUCGCGAGUCGAAAUACAGCUACAAUCAGCAGGUGGGAUCAAACAUAGACGAGGAGACGGAGAUUCUAGAUGAUUUUCAGGAGCUCGCCUUCAGCCUGAGACGCAAGUACUCAACCGCCAGUGACAGUGCGCCUCUCGCCAAAGGAGUGCGAGACAAUGAACCAGAUGAAUUGAAUGUCAAAGAAGCUGUACCUGUAAUUCUUGAAGAUGCGGACAGUGAAAACUCAACGGAUUUGGAGGAGGACGUCACCCUCACGUCCACGCAUCCCCUCGAGCAGGACACCAAGAGCAAGAAACCAGAGGGGAUUAUUUUGGAUCAAGUUCCCAGCGCUGUCCCGGAUGUCAGCGUUGAGGAGGACGUGGGACACUUUAAUAAAAACCAAGACAAUCAGCAAAGUUUUGAAGCGGGAGACAAAAUGCCUAAAGUCCCACAAGCAACACUGGAGAGCCCCCUGGAUAUGGGGCUGGGCGUGGAAGUGGAAAACUCCCCAUCGGGAACCUUGGAGUCUUUGGAGCCGCCCUCAGAGUUUCACGAAGAUGAUGUGGGACUGUUCUCUACUGCGCUUGUUUACCUGGGGUGUAUAGCUGCAAUGUGCAAGAGUAAAACUACAGAGUGGGCUACUGCGGAUCAUGUGUACGUGUUUUUCAUCCACGAGCUGCAGCGUAUGAUCGCCUCACUGCCCGAUGAGUGGAGACCAGGGGACACUCUGCUGGGCUGUCCCUGGGAGGCUGUGGGGGUCACCGCGGUGGUCGGGAUCCUCACCUUCACUUUGUUUUUCUGGAGGACGGUCUUAGCUGUGAAGAAAAGAGAAUAUCUAGUGGAUCACAAAAAACUAGAUGAACAAAUUGUGUUGCUGAAAAAGGAGAAGGAUGACGCACUGGUUAAAAUAACAGAGCUACAGAAACAGUCUGAGCUCCUGAAGGAAAACCAGAAAGAGUCUGCGGUGUCGGCCACUACAGCACAGAAGAAGCUGAGGGCUCUACAGAAAAGGGUAUCGGAAGCAGAAAUGCUGAAUCAACAAUCGUCUCAGGAAAAGCAGAGGUAUAUUAAGCAACUAGAAGAAGAAAGGACGAGCUCUCAGAAAAAUGAAACCAGGAUUGAAAAACUGGAGCGGUCCAUUGAGAAACUGCAGCAAAGCAGAAAAAAGACUCAAGAAGCUCUGGCAAAAACCACAGUUCUGCUGGACGAGGCAAAAAUUCGAGAGGAUGCCAGACACGCUCAGCAGAAGAGUUUAGAAAAAGAUUACACCGCCUCAAAGAAAGAAAACAACACUCUUAAGUUGACCAUAAAGAACUGGGAGGACACACACCGAGAGCUGAGCGAGAAGAUUAAAGUUUACCAGAAAUCCCAAAAGGAGCUGGAAGACUCGUUAGCUCAGAAAGAUCACAACAUAGAGGUGCUGUCGGACCUUCUGUCGGACCUGGAAGCAUGUGACGUGCAGAAAGCGGAUCCCUCGGUUUCUGCUAACAGAGAUAUGUCUGUUGAUAAAACAACAGCCAUAAAGAACAGGAUCCAACAGAUGAUGGAUGUGUCCAGGGUUCAGACCACUCUCUCAGUCGUCGAAGAGGAGCGAGACCGGUUCAUGUCCAAACUGCACGCUGAGGAAAAGGCCAGGAAAUCACUGGAAGAGCAACACCAGGAGCUGGAGCACGCCAUAGCUACCAUAAAAAGUGAGAAGAGUUUGGUGGAAAACCAGUACAAGGUUCUCCAACAGAAGAACGAGAUCAUUGUGGAGAUGUACCAGCAGAAGGAGAGCGCUCUGCAACAGAGGCUGACCAAAGAGGAGAUGGAGCGGCGCAGUAAGGAGAGCAUGCUGACGGAGGUGGGAGGGAAAGCCACGGAAGCAGAGGAGCAGGUCCGAGUCCUCCGACAGCGCAUCAACGAGAUGGAGGAGCAGAUGAGGAAGACUGAGGAGAUGUACAAGGAGCAGAUCAAAGAACAAGAAAACAAGACUCAUUCAAACUGGAUUACUGCAAGAAAUGCUGAACGAGCGCUGAACCAGGAGAAAGUGGAAGCUUCAAAACUGCGAGAAAAACUGACCGUCCUCACGUCUCAGCUGAACGAGAAGCGCGCCCCUCUCUUCAGACCCAAUUCCGGCCAGUUCCCGGGACCUCGCCAAGGUGACUCGUAUGGACCGUCUCCUGUGAGCGGGGGGGCACCGUCGCCUCCCAUUAUGAUCGAGGGCCCGCGCCGCCCUCCCUCCGCCCCCGUGGGUCGUAAAAUAGACCCCUUUGGCCCCAGACCUCCGUCAGACCCUCACGGCCGCUAUGCAGAAAGCAAGCAUAUGUCUGGGUUGGAAAUGCUGGGUCCUCGUAACUCGUCUCCCGCCAACAUGGACGCCCCGAUCCAGGCUGAGGGCACUGUCUCUUCUGAGAGCCCCGAGCCUGGUCCCGGUUCGUUCAUCGUGUCUCCCAUCAAAGACUGUCCAGACUCAGGCCCUCCGCCCCAUGAGCAUCUGCUGCCUCCGGGCCGACUGCCUCCUCCAGGAGCAUACAGACCAAUGCGUCCCGGUCCAUACCCGCCUGGGCCUGGCCCAUACCCCCACCCCCCUCCUGGGGCCCUGCCUCCUCAUCCUCAUGGGCCGCUUCCAGCCAACGGACACCCAGGGAUGCCUAUGGGGGGAGACUUCGGACCCCGUCCAUCCAACGGGCAUGCUUUUCAGCCUAGACCUGGCCCUGUCCCUAUGGAUCUCCGUGGCCCUCCACCCCCACACAUGCGUCCCCCUCCCUACUAUGGUCCCAUGCCUCCCCCACACGUUCUUCGAGGCCCCAUGGGACCUCAUCAGCCCUUCCCUCCAGACAUGCGUUACCCAGGGCCCCGGGGUGGCCCUCCCUUGAACAUGCCCCGAGGAGUGCCUCCUCCAGGAGCCCUGCCUCCUCAUAGUGGCCCCUAUGCUCCUCCAGAUUCCUUCCAGAGCACCGGUGCUCACAGCAACACGGAGAGUCCUGAUGCUGCCGCUGGGGCCGAGCCUUAA